AAAAGGAGAGGUGAAAACACUAAUGAGGCAUUCCAUCACUGUUCGCUUCAGCCGCACGCCAAGGCGUCCAAUGAAGAAGAAGAUGAAUUCUACGGGAAGAAAACUGUCAAUUCCUCAAGAAAUCAUGUAUGAAAUAUUCUCGUGGCUUCCUGUUAAAUCUUUAGUGCGUUUCAAAUGUGUUACCAAAUUUUGUAAUUCCCUUGCAACCGAAUCCGAUUUUUUGAAUAUCCAUGUACGUCGCUCUAUGACCCGUCCUGGUGGAACAGAGUUCUUUUCGCACGAAACGAGACCAGUUUUUUACACUACUGGACAAAUUGAAGAUGGAAGAGCCUCUGCCUCCCUUCUUCAAAUUGAUGAUUUCUACUACCAUGCCCCUGCAUAUUCUGGUUUGGAUUACGUUAAUGGUUUAUUUUGCUUUUGGGGACCAACAUUUGCUGGACCUGCAGCGAUUUUCAAUCCCAGUAAAGGAGAAAACAGAGUCAUAAAGAAAUCAAUCAGCAGCAGAAGCUCGCGACAAGAAGUCAAUAACUAUCAUGGCGGCUCCAAUUGAUUAGAUUGUUAGCCAGAGUUUUGCAGAAUAAUUCUUAAAGCAUUCUGCACUCUAAAUCUAAUAUCAGGAUAUGCCUGAAGAGUGAAGAGAUAGCCGAAUAAUUUUUUUUAAUCACCUCAUACUAAAUUUGCAGUUUCACUAGGUUGCUCGAUGAUCCCAAGAAUACAAAUGCUGAAAUUCUUGCUCUGGCAAUUUUGAAAGCAUAUAGUGUUCAAUAUUA